ACCACAUUUCCCUCAUCCAUAUUCUAAAACACUCUGUCUUUGGUUUUAGUUCAAGCAUUUCACUCGCAAGUAUUCUCGUCAAACAGUUAGAAUUAAAGAUGUGUGGAGGUGCAAUCAUCAGUGAUUUUAUCCCUCCUCGAAGUAACACCAAGUAUGUAUCCUCCUCUGAUAUCUGGCCCUCCUCACCCCUCAGUCCUAAAAGAGAUCAUCAGCCUAGCCAUAAUAUUUCUGGGGGUGAGGAACUGAAAAAAAGUGUAAAACGCCAACGCAAGAAUCUGUACAGAGGAAUAAGGCAGCGUCCCUGGGGAAAAUGGGCAGCUGAAAUCAGGGACCCGAGAAAGGGCGUGCGUGUUUGGCUUGGCACAUUCAACACUGCUGAAGCUGCAGCCAGAGCUUACGACAAAGAGGCUCGAAAAAUCAGAGGAAAGAAAGCUAAGGUUAACUUUCCGAACGAGGAUGUCACAAAUGAUUGUCUCGUCCGACCCCGAUCCGAUCCUCCAAGCGAGUUCUCUACAAAUGACAUGGCUCAUAACUGUGAGAAUGAUCACAACAAGGUUGGGACAGGGGAGACUCGAGUUAUGGAAGAGGAGAACCAAGUGCAAAAACUGACGGAGGAUUUGAUGGCGUACGAGUCGUAUAUGAAAUUUUACGAGAUUCCGUAUUUUAAUGGCUCGUCUGUAACGGUGGCUGCAGCAGCAGCUGCGCAGGAAAAUGCUGAGAUCAACCUGUGGAGUUUCGAUGAUGUGGUCUGAUCUUGUUUUGCCAAGACUGAUUUUUCUUUUUUUGUCUAAUUACAAGUAUUUUGCUUCUGUAAAACCAUUUAAGCUUUUGUUUUCAAUUUUUAUUGUAUGAUCUUCGUUAACAUAACUAAGGCAUGUUGGAAUGAAUACCUUUUUUCA